UCUAAAGAGAGAUGAGCGGCAGUGGCAGUGGCAGUGGCAGUGGUAGUGGCAGUGUGUGAAGUGUUGAGUAGUAAGUUGAGUGAGAGUGACAAUCCAUUUAAAAUAGGUUUCAGAGUUGGCAAAUCUGAUUGAGCGAUGGAUUCAGAUUUCGGGGUAGCAAGAGAACUUUCUCAUCUGCAAAACCUCCGCUCUCAGUACCAACCCCAACUCCCCCCUUGCCUUCAGGGAACUACAGUCAGUGUAGAGUUUGGCGAUGCAACCACAGCUCCUGACCCCUCAGACACCCACACCAUAAGUAGGUUUUUUCCUCACACUUAUGGUCAACCUCUGGCACAUUUCCUGAGGGCGACCGCUAAGGUUCCUAAUGCUCAAGUAAUUACUGAGUAUCCUGCCGUUAGGGUGGGAGUCGUUUUCUGUGGUAGACAAUCACCUGGAGGACAUAAUGUUAUUUGGGGUCUUCUUGAUGCUCUAAAAGUUCAUAACCCCGAAAGUACUUUGCUUGGAUUCUUGGGUGGUUCUGAAGGUUUAUUUGCACAAAAAACUUUAGAGAUUACUGAUGACAUUCUUCGGACCUACAAGAAUCAAGGUGGUUAUGAUUUGCUUGGACGGACAAAAGAUCAAAUUAGAACAACGGAGCAAGUCAAUGCAGCACUUAGUGCGUGCACAACGCUGAAGUUGGAUGCUCUUGUUAUAAUUGGAGGUGUGACAUCAAACACAGAUGCUGCCCAACUUGCAGAAACUUUUGCAGAAAGAAAGUGCCCCACAAAGGUCGUUGGUAUUCCUGUUACUUUAAAUGGAGAUCUUAAAAACCAGUUUGUUGAGACAAAUGUGGGUUUUGACACAAUAUGUAAGGUUAAUUCCCAGUUGAUUAGCAAUGUCUGUACUGAUGCACUGUCGGCAGAGAAGUAUUAUUACUUUAUCCGACUCAUGGGUCGGAAGGCAUCUCAUGUUGCUUUAGAGUGCACUCUCCAGUCCCAUCCCAAUAUGGUUAUUCUUGCCGAAGAAGUGGCUGCAUCCAAGCUUACACUUUUUGACAUCACAAAACAAAUUUGUGAUGCAGUUCAAACCAGAGCAGGGCAAGACAAGCACCAUGGUGUCAUCCUGUUGCCAGAGGGCCUUAUAGAAAGCAUUCCUGAAGUCUAUGCUCUAUUGCAGGAAAUUCAUCGGUUGCUCAGAGAAGGUGUCUCUGCCGAUAGCAUAUCAGCUCAACUGUCACCUUGGUCAUCUGCGUUGUUUGAGUUCCUGCCACCAUUCAUAAGAAAACAGCUCCUUCUCCACCCAGAAUCAGAUGACUCUGCACAGCUGUCUCAGAUUGAGACAGAAAAGCUCCUAGCUCAUCUCGUGGAAGCAGAAAUGAACAAACGAUUGAAAAAAGGAACCUACAAGGGAAAGAAAUUCAAUGCCAUUUGCCAUUUCUUCGGUUAUCAAGCUCGGGGAUCAUUGCCAUCUAAAUUUGAUUGUGAUUAUGCCUAUGUUCUUGGUCAUAUCGGCUAUCACAUACUCGCAGCCGGUUUGAAUGGUUACAUGGCAACUGUAAAUAACUUGAAGAAUCCUGUAAACAAGUGGCGUUGUGGUGCUGCUCCUAUCACAGCCAUGCUGACUGUUAAGCAUUAUGGUCAUGGUAAUGGAGCUUUGACCAUUGGAAAACCAGCUCUGUAUCCAGCAACUGUUGAUCUGAAUGGAAGGGCCUAUGAGUUGCUGAGACAAAAUGCCACCAAGUUUUUGAUGGAUGAUCUUUAUAGAAACCCUGGACCCCUUCAGUUUGAUGGCCCUGGUGCAGAUGCAAAGGUUGUAACUCUUUGUCUUGAGGACCAUGAUUACAUGGGUCGCAUCCAAAAGUUGCAGGAAUACCUCGACAAGGUGCGUUCCAUAGUGAAGCCAGGAUGUUCCCAAGAUGUUCUUAAAGCUGCUUUGAGUGCCAUGGCUUCUGUGACUGACAUUCUCUCAGUGAUGUCCUCACCUAUGAGUCCUUCUAAAAAUGUGUACCCAGUUCUGACAGCCACACCUCGUUUUUGAGGCACCACUGCUCGAACUCAUAGGAGUACGUCUGUGGGCACCCUUUGUGCCAUGUCCUUGUAAACAGGCUCUCUCAAAAUUUUGUAGGCUUAGAACGAUUGGUGGACUAACAGACCCUGUUUCUUUUAAUCUUUUUCUUUGCUUUAUGUAACAUUGAGACAUUUGUUUCUUGAGGAAUAAUAAACCAUCCAUACACUUGCUAGAUAUUAAACCAAA